ACCUGAAAGAUCUUGAUCACUUAUCCAUAUCAAAGAAACUUAAACACAAGUAGAAAUAUAUAAAAAGAGUGAAAAAUGCUUGAUAGAGUUGUCGGAGGGAUCACCGGAGGAAUCACCGGAGGGAUUGGAGGGUUACUCGGAGGAAUAAGGGAUGGAUACAACGAAAAAGAUUAUAGGAGAGGCCGAUACGGCUAUGGCUACGAGGAGCACAAGGAGUUCGAGUCUCAUGUUCAGACUGAUGGAGGCUACUCUGACCGUCAAACCCGCUACAAGCACCACACGAAUCUUCCGACCAACCACUCCCGUAGACCCAUGAAUCACCACAUGCUCCCACGGUCUGACGUGGACGAGGAGUUUUAUGAGAGUAGACAGAGCCACCACACUAGUGCGUACGGCAACAAUAACCACCACAACGGAAAGAUGGGUAAUGGAUGGCAGGGGCAGCAUGAAGAUGCAUACCACGGCGGGCACGGGAUGCAGCAGCAGAACAGGCUUAUGGCUCCUCAGGUUCCAACACGCCAUGUGUACAUGAACCCCGUUCAAGACGGCCGAUACCAGUACUGAUACAAAAGACAGAUCUGGGAGUAAGGGACUGAUCUAGACUCCAAAAUACCUACUAUGCCGACUUAUCUAAAAUGUUAAUUAAUGACUAUGUAUUCUCGAAUAAUAAAACUUGUAAACAUGUAUGUGUGUGAUUGACAUGUUUCAGUAUCGUACCAAAACCAAACAAGAGACCUUUGUAACAAAAGAAAGAAGUGUUCGAUCUUGUUUGAUGACUUUAUGAUUACUACGAAGUGUUGUUGUUUGCUACUUAUGUUUAAUAAAAGUUUAUGUCUAUUAUAAUCA